CUCACAUCCAAAAUAUGCGGCUUUUAGCGACCUGUUUGGAUUCUGGACAUGCAAUACCCGCAAUCCGAUCCUCGUACAGCAACGCCAUUUUGCGUCCACUUACGUUGACGAAUUGUAUGUAUGUUGAGGAACACAGCACUAUCGGCUUUUGACGGGUUGCUAACACAGACAUAGUAACAUUCGAGUUACAAUUGUGACUUAGCAAAGCCGACUUUUGUGUACGUAUCUGAAAAACCAUAUGUAUAGAGCUUAGGAUACGCGACAUGACAUAAUGCUUACGUACACUUAGCGGGGAGGGAGCUUACACAAGUUGCCCGUUACCCAGCGACAGCAAUGGCCUUCCUUGCUCGCUGCUUUGGCUUUGGGCGGACAUCUGCUGUGGAUGACAGCGCAAGCGGAAAGCUUUAUCCGUUAUCGCAACCUCACUGGAGCACCAGUGACAUCAAGGUCAAGUCCCUUUCACAACCCUGCAGCCCGUCAGUGCGCACAGGGAGCGUCGCAGAGGCUUGGGCUGCUUCACCACCUGCCAACUUCCUGGAUGUGGAUGACGUCCUAAAAGUUAGAAGCGCCAACGGCAACGACAUUUCGUCCGCUAAUCCAGUCGAAAUCGCUGAAAGCCAUGAACGGACCUGCGUCUCUACGGGAACUGAUGAGUCUACUAAGGUGGAGAGGCUUAGGUCUCUAACUCCAUCGAACGCACUCAGCUCAACUGCAACCGGCCCAACCGCCCUAAGCCCAGCGAGACCGGAUCGUGCAAUGCCUGCAGCGCCCCGGCGCUUAGCAUCUGUCUCAGUGCCUAUUGAGUACAUGGGGUCAACCUCGGAGGAGGCUUGGGUGCCGGCUCCAAAGCAAGCAAUGGCACCGCUGUCGCCCAUUUUACUAGUCGAACCCGAGCCACGGGCUUCUACUAAUGAGCUAGGCGAAUUCUGCGAAUCGCUCCUGCUGUCCAUGCAAAUUCGGUUGAAGGCCGACGCCGAGCUCUCCACCUUUCGCCAGCUUCAAUCCGCCAACAGCAACCGCUACAUGUCGCACCUCUCCAUCGGCCUGAACGCACACUUCCCCCACAGCGGCACCAUAACGGGCACCGCAGGGCCGCCUGCUGCUGGGGCUGCUGUGCCGCUUUCCUUCAAUGCACAACAGCUGCGUCCCGAACGGAAGUACCUGGGCAGCUUGGAACCGCCCUGGGGCUCCGGCGGCGGCACCGCCACAGGAGGAGCGGCAGCGGCAGCGUCCCCAGCCUUCUCCCUGAACGUCUCCCCAGACUUUCACACCGCCGUCGGCGCCGGUCCCAGCCCACGGCUAGCUCGGCAGCCAUGCAGGCUGCUCAGCCCUACGCCCAGCCGCAACCGUCACUGGAUGCUGCUGCUGCUCCAAGCAGCGGAUGCCGCUCGUACGGCGCCCAAUGGCGCGCCGGCGGCGGCGGGAUCGACGGCGGCGGCGAAGGCGAAGGCGAGUGCUGCGGCGACUGACGGCGGCGGCGACGGCCCCUCGCGGGUAACCACUGGCGGCGGCGGAGUGGGCGGCGAGUCCAGCGUCCUCAUCGUCGCCGCGGAGGCGAGAGGCAGCACUGCGACCCUACACAUGGUUUCGGAGGAGCAGCCCGCAGCGGCGGCGGCGCCGGUGUUUGGAAAGGAUUCCAAUGCAGGCGCUGGCGCUUGGAACGGCGAUGGCUUUCCGCCGCUGGAGCCGGCUGCUGACGUGGCGGCGGGUACGACAACGUGCGGUUUGCCGCCGCUGUGGCUGAUGCCGUACAGCAGCGCGGGGGGCACGCCGUCACGGUUCGGGGCGACGGAGCAGGGACCGGCGGCCUUGCAAAGGCAGGGUGCGGAGGCGUCGCCUCCCCGUUAUCAGCUUGUGCUGCCGCCCUCCUCGGCGCACGGAAGCACGACAGGGGGCGGCGGAGGCGAAGGCGGGGGCGGGGGCGCAGCGGAGGGAGACGGGGAAGGCGGUUUGUGUCUGCAAAGCUUAUGGAACCCGCCGGGCCAUUUGCAGCCGCCCCGCGUGCCGACGUCGACACAACAGCAGAAGCCUCACCAAGGCCACAACCAGCUUUCCCAUCCGCAGCCCUUCCCAAGCAGCAUCGCUAGCAGUGCCCUGGGUAGCGGAGGCUGCGGCACCAGCGGCGGAGGCGGAGGCCGGGUCCUGAGAACCAUCCCAGAGGUGCUGUCAGCGGCCCUAGAUGCAUCGUUUCGGCCGAGGCAGUCUGACGCCUCUCCAACAGCAGCGCCCGCGGUAGCGGCGGCAGGGCCGACGGAGGCGCCGGCGGAUACCCCAGCAGCGGCGGAGGCGGAGGCGGCAGCGGUGGCUGCUGCAUCACAAGCAGCGGCGGUUGCGGCUACAUGCGGGCUCCUUCCCACGCCGAAUGGGAGCCCAAGCACCCCGCCUGCCGCCCCUGCCAGCGCCGCCCCUCCUCCUGCCGCCCCGAAGCCAGGCCACAACCAGCCCCUGCCUCUGUCGCCGCUCGCGCCGCCGCUUCACGACCACGUAAACGCGCACGCUCACCACCGCACUGUGAAUGUGCAGAACCAACAGACUGCGACUGGACCGCCGCCCGAGGUCGCGACACGAAGACCCGCAGUGCCGGGGCUGCCGGACCUGGCAUCCGCGAGCCAAGCACAACCGCAGUGUGUCCAGGAACAACCACUGCCGCUGCCGCUGCCACAGCAGCAGCAGCAACCACUGCCGCCGCCGCAGCAACACCAGCAACAGCAACCACAGCAGCAGCAACCACAACAGCAGAGGCGCCCGCGGGCCACUCCGCACCGCUCGUCCUCAUGGUACGGCGGAGCACCCACCGUACGGCAGUACGACAACUCCGUGUUGUACGACAGCCGCCACCAUGAGGGCGGCAGCGUCCCUGUGGCCCCCGGGGAACCCCUGGAGCUCUGGUUGUGCCAUUCCUUGCGUGAGCUGCUAGACGGGGUUUCGGAGCUAAGACCGUUGCUACCCUGCAGCGGCGAGGAUAAUGGUGAUAAUGAUGAACGGGAGGGACGAGGGGUUGGAGGGAGGAAGAGCGGAGCAAGAAACGGAGAAGAUGAGCCGUCGCGGCCGGCGUUCUACCCGCAAUCCAAGCGCAAUGGCCUGCGGGAGGCUGCUCCUCCGGGCGGCGGUCAGCCCCUCAUCCGCAUGAGGAACCAAGGCGGCCCCCACCACGUGGUGGCCAAUGGCAGGCCGGCCCUGCAGGGGGG